AUGGGUGUCCGAAUUGGGAAGAAUCCCAUUCGAGGCCGGAUGGGUCCAAGUUCGACCUUCACCGGUGGGCCAGAGAAGCCUCGUGCAGGAAACAAGAAGGGGAAGACAAGAGGCGUCCAAAAAGGGAAAAUUGAAAAAGAAUUCUUUUUUUGA